UCCACUACUGAAACCAAAGACGGUGAACUGCCACCACUCUACAGAUUCAUCUCAGAAAGAUCCAUUGUUAAUAAAUGAGAAUUGUAUGUUAGCAAAUGGGAAAUCUUCCUCUUUGCAGCGUGAAAAAGGGUUGAUAAAGAACCACAGACUUGGUUACAGUACAAUUGAUAAGGAUGAUUCAUCGAAGUGUAAGAAGCAUGUGUCAUCAACAGUUCAAGCUCUUCUGAGAAUUGCAUGGAAGAAUGGCUUGCCCAUGUUUACAUUUGCAGUUGACAAAAGCAGCAGCAUUCUUGCGGCCACGGUGAAGAAGUUAGGUACCACAGAAAAGGAUGGCUGCUGCUGUAUCUAUACCUUUUUCACCUUUAGAGAUGUUAAUAAGAAGGCUGGAAAUUGGAUAAAACAGGCUGGAAAGGGAAAAGGUCCUGAUUACAUUCAUCAUGUUGUGGGCCAAAUGAAGGUUUCCAAUCCUCACUAUCUUGAUUUAACUGGCCAGAAUUGUGUGGACUCUUCUCCUGUGAAAGAGCUCGUUUUGUAUUCUGUGAAGCUAAAGCAGGGAUGUGAUCAAGCCCCUGAUUAUCAGCUAGAUGAUGAACUUGCUGCAAUUAUACUCAAAAUACCCAAAACAUUGGUUUUCACCAAUAAUGUGCAUUAUAGCAGUUCCUGUGAUAAUGGUCAAGAGCUUGUUCAUGCAACAGUUGUGCUUCCAAGUGGGGUUCAUAGUCAUCCAAGUAAAGGUGGACCUUCAUCCCUUAUUGAGCGCUGGAAAUCAGGUGGAUCUUGUGACUGUGGUGGUUGGGAUAUGGGUUGCGAACUUAAGAUUUUUGCAAAUGAAAACCCAGCCAAUAAAAAGUCAUUUUCAUCCAAAGCUUGUGGUGAAGAUCAUUUUGAGCUUUUCCUGCAGGGGAAUGGGCGAGAAUACCGACCUGCUUUCAGAUUUGUCCCCUUCAAGCAGGGAAUUUUCUCGGUUGUUUAUGACUCGUCAUUCACACUUCUGCAAGCAUUUUCCAUAGCCAUAGCAUUAGUGGAUUGUAAAAUGCCAUGUCAGCUUUCUGGAUCAAGAAACUCAGUUGAAGAAAAAAUUUAGAAGGGCGGAAAUCGAUGGAAUAAAGGCUUUUAAUAAUUAGGAAAUUCUCAAUGUAGGUCGUCCGCUAACCACUGCUCUCACCAGUUGAUAGUGCCUAAAAUUAACUCGAACGAAGCAUGUCUUCGUGCGAUCAACUAGACCAUAUGAUAUGGGUACUCACCAACCACCUCUGCUUUACUCCCCUCACAUGGAUCAGUCUCUGUUCUUAAUAUCAGCCGCAUGAAUGAAAAUCCUUUACGGGUUAUUGACCCUCGCCGUCAUGUUAAUAAGGAAGAAUGAUCGUGAGAUUGGAGCUUGUGUUUUCUGUUUGUAUAUUCUCCAGCGAUGCAUCAUCAUUCAUUAUGAAGUGUUCAAGCCCGCCAACAGAUAAAAGUGCUAUUAUCAAUAUUAAUUAGCAUGAACAUAGCACUGGUGAGUUGUGAUUUGUCUUCUGCUGAAUGCUUACAGAUGCGCCUCUUCUGCUUUAAUGAUCCUUAAAUAAAGUAGGAGAUUGCUAUUACCUCAUUCUCCACUUAUUUUCCGUUUAUUUUAUCAUUCCGUUAGGGCGUGCAAACAUGAAGGGGCCUAAAAAUGAGAGAGGAGGAAGUAGAGCAUCAAGGGUUUGAAAUUUGAAAAUUUGGUUGUGUUCUGAGAUUUAUAUAUAUAAAUGCAAAAUAUUUUAUGCUACGAGUCCUAAAAUAGUUAAAUGUAACUAAGUGUCGAACUAUUUGUUGAUUUUAUAAAGCCUCUACCCUCCGAUCACCCCUUUCUAUUUUUGCUUGUGUGUAUAAGCAUGCAUGUCAUCUAAUUUAAAUGUAAAGAAGAUUCAAGGAGAAACAAUCCCAAGCUUUCAA